AUGGAUCGGUCACCUCAGGAAAAACUAAACGACUUAACUGUCGUGAAUUUAAAGGAGAUCGCACGGCGCAUCGAAGUGUCUACGAGCGGAACGAAGACCGAGUUGGUAACACGAAUACUAUCUGUUCGCGAAGACAAGUGGCAGGAUGCAUAUGUUCGGUUGUUCGGCGGUGAUGUGACGCAGGAUCUACUGACGGAUUUGAAUGCGACGAGUUCCGUGGUGAUUGUGACAAUUUUGAAACGUGGAAGAAACAAAGUCGAACUAUUACGUGCGACAUAUCGAUUGGAUGAAAAUUCGACGAAAAUAUUAAUUACAUUGAGAUUGAAGGAUAAGGCCUUGAAUUGGUUUCAUUCGAAAUUGGAGCAUUUGCAGAUGAGUGCGGAGGAGUUGCUAUUGGAGAUGUCGCGUAUGUUUGCUAAUCGUCCAAGUAAGCUAAUGUUGAGGCGAGAUUUUGAAAGACGCAGGUGGCGAAGCGGCGAAACGUUUGCGGAGUACUAUCAUGAGAAAGUGAUUCUCGCGAACAGAGCAUCCAUUGACGAAGAGGAAUUAAUUGACUCUUUAAUAGAUGGAGUGCAAGAUACACGUAUGCGGAAUCAGGCGCGGAUGAUGCGUUUUGCGUCGGCAACGGAUUUAUUCGACGCAUUCAAGAAACUGUCAUUGAAUAACGAGACGGAAAGCGGUGGAGGGCGAACUGCGAGGGGACAGCGGCCAGUGCCGAAAUCACCGCAUGAAGGAGGAACAUCCACGGCGAAGAAUACUAUACGCUGCUAUAAUUGUGGAGAGAUAGGACAUAUUUCCAGGGACUGCAAACAGGAACAGAAGCGGGCGAAAGACUCGUGUUUUGGGUGCGGCAGUCUGGAGCAUCGAGUGGCGGAAUGUCCGAAGUCACGGCCGAAAAUGGAGAAUACGACGAACAUGGUACAGACAACCUCACCGAGCGCUCUGUACCUGGUAAAUCUUGCGUAUGAGGUUGCGGACAAAUCUGUGCCUGCUCAUGCUUGCAUGUCGAUGGUUGAACAACAAUCAUUUUUCGGAAUUAAUGGAACUGAGUUGGAUAUACUUGGAACUUUCGAGGAGAUUGUCGAGAUCAGCGAUGUGAAAUUGAAAAUCAAAUUUUUUGUUGUGCCGGAUGCCGCGAUAACGUGUGCGGCUUUGUUCGGUCGGGACUUUACAUCGUCACCGUUAAUUAGGCUACCGUUAGGAGAAAAAUUUAGUAUCUCAAAGGAACAAAUAAUAAGAACGAGCGAUUCUCCAUACGCUUUUCCUAUUGUGCUCGUGCGUAAAAAGGACGGUGAAUCGCGAUUAUGUAUUGAUUAUCGCGAGUUAAAUAAAAUAACGGUAAGGGAUAACUUUCCGACCCCAUUGAUAGACGACCACCUAGAUAGAUUGCGCGGAAAAUCCUACUUUUCUAGCCUGGAUUUGAGAAACGGAUUCCAUCACGUUAAGGUUGCCGACGAAUCGGUGAAAUAUACGUCUUUUGUGACACCUCUGGGUCAGUUUGAGUUUCUAAGAAUGCCUUUCGGAUUAACGAACGCUCCGCGUGUUUUCCAGCGGUACAUUAACGACAUUUUUCGUGAUUUGAUUCGGGAGAAUAAAAUAUUGAUAUAUCUUGACGAUAUAUUAAUCGCGACUGAAAAUGUUGGUGAGCACUUAGAAAUUCUUCGAGAAGUUUUUAAUUUGGCGCGCCAACACAAGUUGCAAUUCCGUUUAGAUAAGUGCUCGUUUCUGUAUCGCGAGAUUGUCUAUCUUGGUUAUCUGAUUGACGAGAAUGGCAUUCGACCUAGUGCUGCGAACGUGGAGUCCGUUACUGAUUUUCCGGUGCCACGUAAUGUAAAAGAAGUCCAUCGAUUUGUAUCCCUUGCAAGCUACUUCCGUAGAUUUAUUAGGAAUUUUUCGAUCAUUGCAAAACCACUUUAUGAUCUAGUAAAAAAGAAUGCAGUUUUUAGAUUUGGGCCUGAAGAAAACCGCGUUUUCGAGUUAUUAAAGAAGUUGUUGUCUUCUCAACCGAUUCUCGCUAUUUAUUCGCCGAAAUUGUUAACAGAGUUGCAUUGUGACGCCAGUGCUGGCGGAUUCGGUGCAAUUCUGUUACAGAAGCAAAACGAUGAAACUAUGCGGCCUGUAUCUUAUUUUAGUCGUAGAACCACGGCGACUGAAGCACGUUAUCACAGCUUCGAGCUGGAAUGUUUGGCGGCCGUAUAUGCGAUUAAGAGAUAUCACAUCUAUCUGUCAGGGAUUCCGUUUACCAUUGUUACGGAUUGUGAUAGCUUCCGCCUUACAUUGUACAAGCAGACUGUUAAUCCACGCAUUUCGAGAUGGGCGAUGUUUUUACAAGAUUAUGACUAUGAAAUUAAACAUCGUCCGGGCAAACAAAUGUCACAUGUCGACGGGCUCGCAGGGGCGCUAUCGCUGUCCGCGCGCUUCCGGGUGCGAAAUUCGCCCCGCUUAAUUAUAUUGCGCGACUCGCAGGGCCGGGGCGGUCGAUCCUGGGCCCGCUCUCAGGCGCGUUGGCCCUCUGGCUUCACCGGUCCUUAG